UCAAGAAAUUAAGUUUAGAGGAGACAAUGACGACCCCAAUUUUGAUUAAUCUCCUGAUUUCUUCCUUUCUUUUAGCUUUCUCAGUUAACUUUCCACUAAGCACAGCUCAAAAAUUUCCUGCUCCAGUUCUUGACACUGCUGGACAGCAGCUUCGUAGUGGUGUGAACUACUAUAUCUUGCCAGCAAAGGGCGGCAACGGUGGGGGAGUAACAUUUGCAACCGGCGUAGAUAGCCGCUGCCCAUAUGAAGUUGCGCAAGCAUCCGACAAGGGUAAUAAUGGAAUCCCAGUAAUGUUCGCACCAUUUGAUGGUGAUUCCAUAAUCCGAGUUGAUACUGAUUCAAACAUCAGGUUCAUCGAUUUCAGGCCUCCGGUAACUUGUCCUGAAUCCCAUGUAUGGACCCUUAAUAGCAAUAGAACAUUUAUUCAAACUGGUGGAGUUGAAGGGAAGACGGGACCUCAGACCAUAAACAACUGGUUCAAAAUUCAGACUUAUGAAGAUGCAUACCAGCUGAAAUACUGUCCUGGUACUGAAGUGUGUGGCAAUCCCUGUGGAAUUCUGCUUCUUUGUGAAAAUAUUGGCAUCCUCGUGGACAAUGGAAAGAGGGCUUUGGCACUAAAUCAACCAGCGCCAUUCAAGGUUGUGUUUACCAGGGCCUAGAGAUUUUAUACAUCUUUAGACAUUCCUCCAAGUCAACCUUGAAUUAAAUAAAUUACUGUGACUGUUAAUUCAUGUACACUUUAUACUAUUGUUGAAAUAAGUGAAUACUACCAUCUCCAUACUAUUGAGAUCUCUCUUUA